UGUUUGUACUUUCACGUGGAACAUUCGCAAUGCUUCGGCAGCUCAGAUUUCCUGUUUAUUCCCACAGCAGAAUCAAAUCGAUUGCAGCGUGGGCUCUAGCAUUAGUCCGCAACCACGAACAAGAUGUAGAAACGCGGGUAUCUUCACCCGUGCUCGGUUCCACAUGUUGGACAAACUCUCACCUGAACCCUUGUCCUGUUGACUUUGCCGUAACGGUAAAUAUGCACGAUGCUUUUGGCUCAAAGUGCAAAGCACAGAAUCGCUCCCAAGCAGUUCCAGAAGAAGAGAUCCCCAUGCAGUGCUUCACACCGCUGCUCUGAUCAUAGCUUUGCCAAUGCAGGAGCCAACGAAAGGCACCCGGCGCUCAAACGCGAAUGGCAACGACUACCACGACGACUUUGAGUGUGCGGACACGAGCGAGGAGAGAGCCUUCUGGAAAACAGAGUCCAUGCGACAGAUGGCUUCCUCACGGUGGACGAACAGGCCUCCGUGGCAGAAGUGCGCAGUGCUGUGCGUGUGCACCAUCGUUGUCGUGUCGCUCAUCAUCGCCGUGUCCGUCAGCAAUGUGAAGGUGGACAGACGGUUUGCAGACCUGGAGAAGAUGGUGGCAAACCUCAGUGCUGCCAUGACAUCCAUCACGUCCAAGGUGCACGUGGGCAAGGAGACAGAUCAGAAUGUCUACAGAGAAAUCAACAAGCUCAAGUUCUCCAUGGAGGCCACAGAAAACCAGCUCGUCUCUGUGGAGAAGUCCCUGAAAGCCAUUGAUGGCCUGGAGCCGCUUAAGACCCUGGUAAACCAGUUGAAAUGCAACCUGGAUAAAAUUACGAGCAAUGUCUCCACAGAAGGCUGCUGUCCACUGGGUUGGUCCUUCUACUCUACGAGCUGCUACUACUUCUCCAACGAGGGCAAGUCCUGGGACUCUGCUCGAGACUCCUGCAGCCGCAUGCACGCCUCACUGGCAACCCUGAAGGACGAUGGAGAAUGGACCUUCGUGAGCAAACACACCAUGCCGUUUUACUUCUGGAUCGGCCUGACGGAUGAGCGCACUGGCGACUGGGAGUGGGUGGACGGCGCACCAUAUAUCAUGGACAGAAGGCACUGGAAACCAGGGCAGCCUGACGACUGGAGGCAUCACGGUCUGGGGGGAGGAGAAGACUGCGCCCACCUACACAACGAUGGGCGGCUCAACGAUGACCACUGCAGCCGCCCAUAUCGCUUCGUCUGCAAGGCCAGCGUGGCGGAGGGGCCAGAGCGCUCUAGCGUGGCGGCCACCUGAGAGCAUUGCCGAUCGAACCUGUUCAGGGCAACGAGUUUGUCUUCAUUCCACGGCUUACCUGGGCUCCUUAACGUUAGUGCAGUUUCUGCCUCUCUGUUUAAAUUGCCCUUAUUUCACAUUGAGUUUUAGCUCCAUUGAAGGUUUUCAGAGUUCAUUCUAUAAAUCGAGAGUACAAAUCACAAUCUGAAGACCUAAUUAUAAAGAUGCUGACAAACCCCUUUAAAAACACUGAUGCCUAUGAGUACAUUUAGAGAACACAUGCAGAGCAACGAUACUCUGAUGAUACUGAUGGAGGAAUCUCUUGUUAAAUCAUGUUGACAUUCACAUUUUAGAGCGAGUACUAUACGCGUUAUAACCAGGUAAGCAAAUUUGUUUAGACUGAAAUGGAAUUACCCAAGAGCAACUUUUUAUUCUUGACAGUUUAAUUUCACCUCUUCUGGUUUUACAUAAUGAGGGGCUUCUGCCAAAUUAUAGCCCGUUUACUGGUCACCAACAAGCACAAAGUUGUCUUGCAUAGUAAAACGCAAGAAGGUUCAAUGCUCCUGCAGGCACGGACAAUACCGUUGCGAACGUAUUCGUAUUUUGUAUGCUCUCUUUGGCUUUGUAACUGGUUCACUGGUAACAUUAAAGGCAAAUAAAACACUGUGGGGCUGGAGAGGACACAAGGUGCAAAGGCACACAUGCUGACAGCGGGCCACCAAAUAUUAUAAGCAUACAAAACAACCCAGUUCAAUAAUACAAUAACUAACGGUAAAAUCGUUGACAGAACAGAGCAAAGCAAUUUUAACGAAAACAAGACCCCAUGCAAAGGGAUGACGGGAAGGACGGACGGACAGACACGUAAAUCACAACAUUAUUCUUGAAGUCGAAGGAACAGAAUCUGAAGUGCGUGUGUUAGAGAGAGAGAGAGACGGAGACAAAAUCCAAGAGAGAUCCCAGAAGCAAGCGUCCACAGAUGCGUCCACUCCGCUCAUCAGUGCGUCUUCAACAAGCGCGACACAGACGGCGCGCAUUCGAAGCGUGCGUUUAGCUGCGCUGCGUAUU